GGAGACAAGGUUGGUGAUGGGAGACGGUCGUAUAAUGACAGAACAGUUCGAGUACAUUCAAGCCAGCAAUACCCUUCUCAUCCACACCCCGCCCAGUAACUUCAGCGGCUACUCUCGGGCUACCGUAGCAUUGGACUACGAUCGGUCCCUAGUCUUUGUCAACGUACACGAUGAAAACAUCUGCAUUGCAUUCCCAUGGCCUGCAGAAAUGGCUAACAACCUCCAAAAAUUCAUGUCAGAAGAGGGCGAGCAAAAUGAGGGUGAAGUGCUUGACAUCGUAGCCCGAGAGUUGACCGACAUGAACUUUGUGAACGUCGGCGAGAUCCCCGUGGGUUUCCUUCAAGGGUCCAGUGGUACAACCGUCGGGGCCCUUUGCGCUGGUAGAGCCAGCUACUGGUUAGAGGACAACAUGGUUGCAUCCAGACAACGAAGAUUAGCUAGAGCAACAGUAACCGAUAUUAUUAUCAUCUGUUGGCCAGAAUGUUGUAUUGUCAUCGAACUUGAGCCGCUAGGGCCGGUGGGACCUGGACCUCUUUAAAUUCAGAGGAGUGGAAAUCUAUUUCACUUAUUUAGGGGUCACAUUAGGGAGUUGAAUCCAUGUAAUUAUAGAAUGAUCCACUUCAAAGUAGUGGUUUAAUUUCUCUUUAAGAGAUAAUUCCACUCUUUUUAGCGUGGAUUUUUCACUCUAAAUGAAAUUAUACCUAAAAUGACUCCUUAAAGAGUGAAUUUCUUUACUGUAAAUUUAGAAAGUAUAUUGCCACAAGCAUCCUGUAUGUGCCUACUGAAAACAGAACUGGGGAAAUGAAAGUUCACAGUUUUACCUUAAUUUUUACAAUAGCGGCAAUUAUGUGGGUCAAAAAACAGGUGGCUCUUGCGAUCAUGUGAAACUCAAUGUUGAGUCCAAAAGAAGUAACUAUUGCAUUAGUCUUGUAUUCAAAUUUUACUUUUCAUUUACAGAUUAAUACAGUAAAUCAAUGGAGUUACACUUACUGUUAUAGCAUAUUUAUUCAUUCCUUACGCAAUCACAAUAAAUUGAUAAAACCUUAUUUCUAUUUGCGUCAUCUGAAUUCCAACAACAACAAAAAGUCAAAAUCUAAAGAAAAUUGUAGUUGUUUCUUAAUAUGUAUUCGGUGAAAAGUCCAACACCAAAAAUGUACAAGAGAUCUUGGAACUUGUAUUUAUAUAUCGUAAUAUUUCAACUCUUAUUUCAGUAUGAUCGUUGUAACUUGUAAGUGGAUUACUUUGGUGUUGAUAUAAUCAUGUAUGAUGCUUGUUGAAAGUUUCGUUUAUAGAAAUCGUAGUUUAAUAAUUGUAAUUUUUAAAUAAA